AUGGUGAAGAGGAAGAGCUCCGAGGGCCAGGAGCAGGACGGCGGCCGCGGCAUCCCGCUGCCCAUCCAGACCUUCCUGUGGCGGCAAACCAGCUGCAUUUUGAGGCCUAAGCUGGGGAAGCAAUAUGAAGCCUCUUGUGUAUCCUUUGAACGAGUGCUGGUAGAAAACAAACUGCACGGCCUCUCCCCCGCGCUCUCGGAAGCCAUCCAGAGCAUUUCUAGAUGGGAGCUGGUGCAGGCCGCCCUCCCUCAUGUUCUUCACUGCACUGCAACCCUGCUAUCAAACAGGAACAAACUAGGCCACCAGGAUAAGCUGGGUGUUGCUGAGACAAAACUCCUUCAUACCCUGCACUGGAUGCUUCUAGAGGCCCCACAGGACUGCAACGGCGACCAGUUUGGGGGUGCAGAGCGAGGUCCCAGCUGGGGUGGCGGCAGCAGUGCUUUCAUCCACCAGAUUGAAAAUCAGGGUUCUCCGGGGCAGCCGUGCCGCAGUAGCUCCAACGAUGAGGAGGAGGGCAACAGGAGGAAGAUAUUCCAGAAUUCCAUGGCUACGGUGGAGCUCUUUGUGUUUCUGUUUGCUCCUCUGGUCCAUUCCAUGAAGGAAUCUGACCUCACCUUCCGACUGGCCAGUGGGCUGGUUAUCUGGCAGCCUAUGUGGGAGCACAGACAGCCAGAAGUCUCUGGCUUUACAGCCCUGGUGAAGCCCAUCAGGAGCAUCAUUACAGCCAAGAGAAGCUCUCCUGUCAACAGUCAGAGUCAAACCUGUGAAUCACCAAAUCAAGACACAAGACAGCAAGGCGAGGGACUUCAGGUGGCCAGUGAAGCACUGCAGUCUGAUACCAUCUCACCCAAGGCCACCAUCUCAGGCUGCCAUCAGGGAAACUCGUUUGAUGGAAGCCUGUCCUCCCAAACUUCCCAGGAAAGAGGCCCAUUGCAUUCAAGGGCCUCUCUUGUGAUACCACCAUGCCAGAGGUCCCGCUAUGCCACCUACUUCGAUGUUGCUGUUCUCCGCUGCCUUCUUCAGCCCCAUUGGUCUGAGGAAGGCACUCAGUGGUCCCUGAUGUACUAUCUACAAAGGCUGCGACACAUGCUGGAAGAGAAGCCAGAAAAGACCCCAGAACCAGAUGUUCCUCUCCUGCCCAGGCCCAGAAGUAGCUCGAUGGUGGCAGCGGCUCCCUCGCUGGUGAACACCCACAAGACCCAAGAUCUCACCAUGAAGUGUAAUGAAGAAGAAAAAUCUCUAAGCCCCGAGGCUUUUUCCAAGGUUUCACUGACCAAUCUUCGAAGAUCUGCGGUCCCAGACCUGUCUUCAGACCUGGGCAUGAACAUCUUUAAGAAGUUCAAAAGUCGCAAAGAAGACCGAGAGAGGAAAGGCUCUAUUCCAUUUCACCACACGGGGAAGAGGCGCCCUAGAAGAAUGGGUGUACCAUUCCUGCUGCAUGAGGACCACCUAGAUGUUUCACCCACCAGAAGCACAUUCUCAUUUGGAAGUUUCUCUGGACUUGGAGAAGACAGGAGAGGCAUCGAAAAGGGAGGCUGGCAAACCACCAUCUUAGGGAAACUGACCCGGCGGGGCAGCUCAGACGCAGCCACAGAAAUGGAAAGUCUGAGUGCCCGGCCCUCGCACUCCCACCACACCCUGGUGAGCGACCUCCCAGACCACUCCAACAGCCACGGAGAAAACACUGUCAAGGAAGUGCGGUCACAGAUCUCCACCAUCACAGUUGCCACCUUCAACACCACGCUGGCAUCCUUCAAUGUCGGCUAUGCAGACUUUUUCAGUGAGCAUAUGCGGAAACUCUGCAGCCAAGUGCCUAUCCCAGAGAUGCCGCACGAACCUCUGGCAUGCGCAAACUUGCCCCGAAGCCUCACAGAUUCCUGCAUUAACUACAGCUACCUGGAAAACACAGAGCAUAUCGAUGGGGCCAACAACUUUGUCCAUAAGAACGGCAUGCUGGAUCUUUCUGUGGUUCUGAAGGCUGUUUAUCUUGUCCUUAACCAUGACAUCAGUUCUCGCAUCUGUGAUGUGGCACUAAAUAUUGUGGAAUGUUUGCUUCAACUUGGCGUAGUUCCCUGUGUAGAGAAAAAUCGGAAGAAAAGUGAAAACAAGGAAAACGAGACUGUGGAAAAGAGAGCAAGCGAGGGGACUUUCCAGUUCAAAGGCGUGUCUUCAAGUUCCACUAGUGGGUUUGGGGCACCUUCUGCUAGUGGAGCUGGAGAUGGUGGAGCAGGAGAAGGAGGAGGUGGAGAUGGAGGAGGCGGAGGUGGAGGAAAUGGAGGAGGAGGUGGAGGAGGUGGAGGUGGUCCUUAUGAGAAGAAUGAGAAGAACCAACAGAAGGAUGAAAAUAUACCUGUAAGCAACCAUAGGCUUGCUCUCACUAUGCUCAUCAAAAUCGUGAAGUCUUUGGGAUGUGCCUAUGGUUGCGGAGAAGGACACCGGGGGCUCUCCGGAGAUCGUCUGAGACACCAGGUAUUCCGAGAGAAUGCCCAGAACUGCCUCACUAAGCUAUACAAGCUAGAUAAGAUGCAGUUCCGACAAACCAUGAGGGACUAUGUGAACAAGGACUCUCUCAAUAAUGUAGUGGACUUCUUGCAUGCUUUGCUAGGAUUUUGUAUGGAGCCAGUCACUGACAACAAGGCUGGAUUUGGAAAUAACUUCACCACAGUGGACAACAAAUCCACAGCCCAAAAUGUGGAGGGCAUUAUCGUGGGUGCCAUGUUCAAGUCCCUCAUCACACGCUGUGCCUCAACCACACAUGAGCUACACAGCCCUGAGAAUCUGGGACUGUACUGUGACAUCCGCCAGCUGGUCCAGUUUAUCAAAGAAGCUCACGGGAACGUCUUCAGGAGAGUGGCGCUUAGCGCUCUGCUUGACAGCGCUGAAAAGUUAGCACCAGGGAAAAAGGUGGAGGAAAAUGGACAGGAGUCUAAGCCUGCAGGUGGUAAAAGGUCGGAGGCAGGAAGCAUCGCAGAUAAGGGCCAGGUGUCCUCUGCACCUGAGGAAUGUCGAAGCUUCGUGUCUGGUCGCCCCUCACAGACACCAGAACACGAUGAACAAAUGCAAGGGGGCAAUCUGGGACGCAAAGAUUUCUGGCGCAAGAUGUUCAAAUCCCAAAGCGCAGCAAGUGACACCAGCAGCCAGUCUGAGCAGGACACUUCAGAAUGUACCACAGCCCACUCAGGGAACACCUCGGACCGGCGUGCUCGCUCACGGUCGCGCAGAAUCUCCCUGAGAAAGAAGUUGAAACUCCCCAUAGGUAAAAGAAACUGGCUGAAGCGCUCCUCCCUCUCCGGCCUGGCAGAUGGGGUAGAGGACCUCCUGGACAUUAGCUCUGUAGAUCGCCUGUCUUUCAUCAGGCAAAGUUCCAAGGUCAAGUUCACCAGUGCUGUCAAGCUUUCUGAAGGUGGGCCAGGGAGUGGGAUGGAGAAUGGCCGAGAAGAGGAGGAGAAUUUCUUCAAGCGUCUUGGUUGCCACAGUUUCGACGACCAUCUUUCUCCCAACCAAGAUGGUGGAAAAAGCAAAAACGUGGUGAAUCUGGGAGCAAUUCGGCAAGGCAUGAAACGUUUUCAAUUUCUGCUCAACUGCUGUGAGCCAGGGACAAUUCCUGAUGCAUCCAUCUUAGCUGCUGCCUUGGACCUAGAAGCCCCCGUGGUGGCCAGAGCAGCUCUGUUCCUGGAAUGUGCCCGUUUUGUUCACCGGUGUAACCGGGGCAACUGGCCAGAGUGGAUGAAAGGCCACCAUGUGAACAUCACCAAGAAAGGCCUUUCCCGGGGCAGGUCUCCCAUCGUGGGCAACAAGAGGAACCAGAAGCUGCAGUGGAAUGCUGCCAAGCUCUUCUACCAGUGGGGAGAUGCAAUUGGCAUCCGGUUGAAUGAGCUGUGCCACGGGGAAAGCGAGAGCCCUGCUAACCUGCUUGGCCUGAUCUACGACGAGGAGACCAAGAGACGGCUGCGGAAGGAGGAUGAGGAGGAAGACUUUUUAGAUGACAGUAAGGAGACCCCCUUUACUACGAGAGCCCCUGCUUGUACUGUGAACCCCUCUAAAUGUGGCUGUCCCUUUGCUUUGAAGAUGGCAGCUUGCCAGCUUCUCCUGGAGAUAACCACCUUCCUGAGGGAGACUUUUUCUUGCCUGCCUAGACCUCGCACUGAGCCUCUAGCGGACUUGGAGAGCUGCAGGCUCCGUCUGGACCCCGAGCUGGACCGACACAGAUACGAGAGGAAGAUCAGCUUCGCGGGAGUUCUGGAUGAAAAUGAAGACUCCAAAGAUUCUCUCCACAGCAGCAGCCACACCCUCAAAUCAGAUGCAGGUGCUGAGGAGAAGAAAGUUCCCAGCAGGAAGAUCAGGAUAGGAGGUUCUCGCCUGCUCCAGAUUAAAGGAACCCGCAGUUUCCAGGUGAAGAAGGGGGGUUCCUUGUCCAGCAUCCGCCGAGUCGGCAGCUUAAAGAGCAGCAAGUUAUCACGGCAGGAUUCAGAGUCUGAGGCUGAGGAGCUGCAGCUGUCCCAGAGCAGGGACACUGUCACUGACCUAGAAGGGAGCCCUUGGAGUGCCAGUGAACCCAGCAUUGAGCCCGAGGGGAUGAGCACUGCUGGCACAGAGGAGAAUUACCACAGAAACAUGUCAUGGCUUCAUGUCAUGAUCUUACUAUGCAACCAACAAAGUUUCAUUUGUACACAUGUGGAGUACUGCCACCCACACUGCUACCUGCACCACAGCCGCUCCUGUGCCCGGCUUGUCAGGGCCAUUAAACUGCUGUACGGGGACAGUGUGGACUCCCUGCGUGAGAGCAGCAACAUCAGCAAUGUGGCUUUGAGGGGCAAGAAACAGAAAGAGUGCUCAGAUAAGUCCUGCCUGAGGACUCCUUCACUGAAGAAGAGGGUUUCCGAUGUCAACCUGGAAGGAAAAAAGGACUCCGGAAUGCUAAAGUACAUCAGACUUCAGGUGAUGAGCUUGUCUCCUGCUCCCUUGUCUCUGCUAAUCAAGGCAGCUCCCAUCCUGACAGAGGAGAUGUAUGGAGACAUCCAGCCUGCUGCCUGGGAACUGCUGCUCAGCAUGGACGAGCACAUGGCGGGGGCAGCAGCUGCCAUGUUCCUGCUGUGUGCGGUGAAGGUACCAGAAGCUGUGUCGGACAUGUUGAUGUCCGAGUUCCACCAUGCAGAAACUGUACAGAGACUGAAUGCUGUCCUCAAGUUCCACACUCUCUGGCGGUUUCGCUAUCAGGUCUGGCCAAGGAUGGAGGAGGGAGCCCAGCAGAUUUUUAAGAUCCCGCCUCCCAGUAUAAACUUCACCUUGCCCUCGCCAGUACUUGGAAUGCCAUCCGUCCCAAUGUUUGACCCUCCGUGGGUCCCUCAGUGCAGCGGGAGUGUCCAGGACCCCAUUAAUGAAGACCAGUCCAAAUCCUUCUCUGCCAGGGCUGUGUCACGCUCUCAUCAGAGGGCAGAGCACAUCCUAAAGAACUUGCAGCAGGAGGAAGAGAAGAAACGCCUUGGGCGCGAAGCCAGCCUGAUUACCGCCAUCCCCAUCACCCAAGAGGCUUGCUAUGAGCCCACCUGCACACCCAACUCAGAGCCUGAGGAAGAAGUAGAAGAAGUCGCCAAUCUGACAUCCCGACGGCUGUCUGUGAGUCCAUCCUGCACUUCCAGCACUUCCCACAGGAAUUACUCCUUCCGCAGAGGGUCAGUCUGGUCUGUACGUUCAGCAGUCAGUGCUGAAGAUGAGGAACACACCACUGAACACACACCAAACCACCAUGUGCCUCAGCCUCCGCAAGCAGUAUUCCCAGCAUGCAUCUGUGCAGCAGUCCUUCCCAUCGUUCACUUAAUGGAGGAUGGAGAGGUGCGAGAAGAUGGAGUGGCAGUCAGUGCUGUGGCCCAGCAAGUCUUAUGGAACUGUUUAAUUGAAGAUCCAUCGACGGUUCUUCGACAUUUCCUGGAAAAAUUGACUAUCAGCAAUAGACAAGACGAGUUAAUGUACAUGCUGCGCAAACUUCUCUUAAAUAUCGGAGACUUUCCAGCUCAGACAUCACACAUCCUAUUCAACUACUUGGUGGGACUAAUCAUGUACUUCGUGCGGACCCCGUGUGAGUGGGGGAUGGACGCCAUCUCUGCCACACUGACCUUCCUGUGGGAGGUAGUCGGGUAUGUAGAGGGCCUCUUCUUCAAGGACCUCAAGCAGACGAUGAAGAAGGAACAGUGUGAGGCGAAGCUCCUGGUCACUGCUUCCAUGCCAGGUACCAAAACCCUGGUGGUUCAUGGACAGAAUGAAUGUGACAUUCCAACCCAGUUGCCCGUCCAUGAAGACACUCAGUUUGAAGCCCUGCUGAAGGAGUGUCUGGAGUUUUUCAACAUCCCAGAAUCCCAGUCAACACAUUACUUCCUCAUGGAUAAACGAUGGAACCUCAUCCACUACAACAAGACCUAUGUUCGAGAUAUUUAUCCCUUCCGGAGGUCCGUAUCCCCACAGCUGAACCUGGUACAUAUGCAUCCGGAGAGGGGGCAGGAGCUCAUUCAGAAGCAGGUGUUUACCAGGAAGCUGGAGGAAGUGGGGCGAGUGUUAUUUCUCAUCUCCCUCACGCAGAAGAUCCCCACGGCACACAAGCAGUCUCAUGUCUCCAUGCUCCAGGAGGACCUUCUCCGGCUGCCCUCCUUCCCCCGGAGUGCCAUAGACGCUGAGUUUUCGCUCUUUAGCGACCCUCAAGCUGGGAAGGAACUGUUUGGCCUCGACACCCUUCAGAAAAGCCUGUGGAUCCAGCUCCUGGAGGAAAUGUUCCUGGGCAUGCCUAGCGAGUUUCCCUGGGGAGACGAAAUCAUGCUUUUUCUCAACGUGUUUAAUGGGGCUCUGAUUCUCCACCCCGAAGACAGUGCCCUGCUGAGGCAGUACGCUGCCACUGUCAUCAGCACAGCUGUGCACUUCAAUCACCUCUUCUCUCUCAGCGGCUACCAGUGGAUUCUGCCCACCAUGCUGCAGGUGUAUUCUGACUAUGAGAGCAACCCUCAGCUGCGUCGAGCCAUCGAAUUUGCCUGCCACCAGUUCUACAUUCUCCACCGGAAGCCCUUUGUGCUCCAGCUGUUUGCCAGUGUGGCCCCUCUCCUGGAGUUUCCGGAUGCUGCCAAUACUGGGUCCAGCAAAGGAGUGUCAGCUCAGUGUCUGUUUGACUUGCUGCAGUCCCUGGAGGGAGAAACCACAGAUAUUUUGGACAUUCUAGAGCUGGUUAAGGCUGAGAAGCCCCUUAAGUCACUAGAUUUUUGCUAUGGAAAUGAAGACCUGACUUUCUCCAUCAGUGAAGCCAUCAAACUCUGUGUCACGGUGGUGGCUUACGCUCCCGAGUCAUUCAGAAGCCUUCAGAUGCUCAUGGUCUUGGAGGCAUUGGUUCCAUGUUACCUACAGAAGAUGAAGAGACAGACUUCUCAGGUCGAGACCGUGCCUGCUGCCCGAGAGGAGAUUGCUGCCACAGCGGCUCUGGCCACAUCCCUACAAGCCCUUUUGUACAGUGUGGAGGUCCUCACCAGGCCCAUGACAGCCCCACAGAUGAGCAAGAGUGAUCAAGGUCACAAGGGGACAACCACAGCCAAUCACACUAUGUCAUCUGGAGUGAACACCAGGUACCAGGAGCAAGGAGCCAAGCUGCACUUUAUCAGGGAAAACCUUCACUUACUGGAGGAAGGGCAAGGCCUUCCCAGAGAAGAGCUAGAUGAACGAAUUGCUCGAGAAGAAUUCAGAAGGCCCCGGGAAUCUCUGCUGAAUAUUUGCACAGAAUUCUACAAACACUGUGGGCCAAGGCUGAAGAUCCUGCAGAAUCUGGCUGGGGAACCCCGGGUCACUGCCCUGGAGCUGCUGGAUGUGAAGUCCCACAUGAGACUGGCAGAAAUUGCACACUCCCUUCUGAAGUUGGCACCAUAUGACACCCAGACAAUGGAGAGCCGAGGCCUUCGGCGCUAUAUCAUGGAGAUGCUACCUAUUACUGACUGGUCAGCGGAGCCAGUGAGGCCAGCCCUUAUCCUCAUUCUAAAGAGACUGGAUAGAAUGUUUAACAAAAUCCACAAGAUGCCUACCUUGAGGCGACAGGUUGAGUGGGAGCCUGCCAGCACUUUGAUUGAAGGGGUUUGUUUGACACUUCAGAGGCAGCCAAUCAUAUCCUUCCUGCCUCACCUUAGGUCACUGAUCAAUGUCUGUGUCAAUCUGGUGAUGGGAGUGGUAGGACCUUCCAGUGUGGCUGAUGGAUUACCCCUUCUUCAUCUCAGCCCUUAUCUCUCACCACCUCUGCCCUUCAGCACAGCUGUUGUCCGGCUUGUAGCAUUGCAGAUACAGGCUUUAAAAGAAGAUUUCCCUUUAAGCCAUGUGAUCUCCCCAUUCACCAAUCAAGAGCGAAGGGAAGGGAUGCUUUUAAAUCUGCUCAUCCCAUUUGUGCUCACAGUAGGAUCUGGAAGCAAAGAUAGCCCAUGGCUGGAGCAGCCGGAGGUACAGUUAUUGCUGCAGACUGUCAUCAACGUGCUCCUGCCGCCUCGGAUCAUCAGCACAUCGAGGAGCAAGAACUUCAUGCUGGAGAGCUCCCCAGCCCACUGCUCUACUCCUGGGGAUGCAGGCAAAGACUUGCGCAAGGAAGGGCUGGCUGAGUCCACCAGCCAGGCAGCAUACUUAGCCCUAAAGGUUAUUCUCGUCUGCUUCGAGAGGCAGCUGGGAAGCCAGUGGUACUGGCUGAGCCUGCAGGUGAAGGAGAUGGCUCUGCGGAAGGUGGGCGGCCUGGCCCUGUGGGACUUCCUUGACUUCAUCGUGCGCACCCGGAUACCCAUCUUCGUACUCUUGCGCCCUUUCAUCCAAUGCAAGCUACUGGCUCAACCGGCAGAGAACCAUGAAGAACUUUCUGCCCGGCAACAUAUCUCUGACCAGCUAGAGCGGCGCUUCAUCCCCCGCCCAUUAUGCAAGAGCUCGCUCAUUGCAGAGUUCAAUAGUGAACUGAAAAUUCUGAAAGAGGCAGUCCACAGUGGAUCAGCCUACCAAGGGAAGACAUCCAUCAGUACUGUGGGCACGUCCACCUCUGCCUACCGCCUGAGUCUGGCUACCAUGUCCCGCUCCAACACAGGCACAGGCACCGUCUGGGAGCAGGACAGUGAACCAUCCCAACAGGCUUCUCAAGACACCUUGAGUCGGACUGACGAGGAGGACGAGGAAAAUGACUCUGUGAGCAUGCCCAGUGUGGUAAGUGAACAGGAAGCUAGUCUCCUGAGUGCCCUUGGAAGGAGGCGGUUCUCCAGCCACGUCUCCAGCAUGUCUGCACCUCAGGCUGAGGUGGGCAUGUUACCCAGCCAAAGUGAACCUAAUGUCCUCGAUGACUCCCAGGGCCUGGCCGCCGAGGGCAGCCUCUCUAGGGUGGCAAGUGUACAGAGUGAACCUGGCCAGCAGAACCUCCUCCUGCAGCAGCCACUGGGGAGGAAAAGGGGCCUGAGGCAGCUAAGACGCCCUCUUCUGUCAAGGCAGAAGACUCAAACUGAACCCAGAAACCGCCACGGGGCUCGACUGUCCACCACUCGCAGGAGCAUUCAACCUAAAACAAAGCCAUCUGUUGACCAGAAGCGAUCUGUGACCUUCAUUGAGGCUCAGUCAGAGCCAACAGCUGCCCCAACAGACAUACUUCCUGCCACAGGCCAGCCACAGGGCUGCAGCCCAGGGCCAUCCAGGAAGCCAGAAGGAACUGACAAACCAGUGCUCACAUCCUCGCCGGCCAUUGUUGUUGCAGACCUUCACAGCGCGUCUCCCAAGCAGAGUGAGCCCCUUCUUGCUGAAGAAGAAGAACAAAAGGAGGAUACAGAAGUACAAGGUGCUGCUGUACACAGUCCCCUCUCCACUCAACUCUCAGACCCUGAUGACUUCACUGGCCUUGAGACAUCCAGCCUCCUACAGCAUGGUGAUACUGUCCUUCACAUCAGUGAGGAAAAUGGCAUGGAGAACCCCCUGCUGUCCAGCCAGUUCACUUUCACUCCUCCUGAGCUGGGGGAGAAAGAUGCAGCACCAGACAAGUCCCAUGUUUAGGUCUCUGUCGCAGGGGCAGUGCACAGGAGACUGCUGACAGGAAGCCCUUGAUGGGAAGGGUUAAUGUCAAAACAGCAAUUUAUAGCCAGUGGGCGGCAUUAAGUCUGAGUAGAUUUUGCUGUCAAAGCUCUUUAUGUGUCAUUACCACCUUAAAAAUCAAUAGCUAAAAGUCUUUAGUCAUGUGAAGAUCAUAAAAACAGGAAUGGGGGGAAGAGCCAUUCGACUUCACAUUCUGUACACCUUGCUUUGAGCAGUUAAGAAUAUAUAUAAAUACUAUCUCAGACAGUUGAGAAUAUGUAUACUAUUACAGACGGUUGAGAGUAUAUACUAUUACAGACGGUUGAGAAUAUAUACUAUUACAGACACUUGAGAAUACAUACUGUUGCUUCCCUCAUAAGACUACUGACUAUAUGUUCUAAAGAGGAAUGCAGUCUUUUAAGAUACUCACAUUAUACAUUUCCUGAAAAUGUUUAUAUUUAUAGUUUCAAAAACUUUACAUUAUGUGGCUAUAUACAUAGCAACUCACAUAAAAACAACCAACAAAAAAAAAAAUAAUUAGGUUGGAGACACUAAAUUACAAACCUGGCAGUUAUUUUUGUUUUGGUCAACAAUAUAUCUAGGAAUUAAAGGAACAAAACACUAUUUUUUAGAGCUGUGGACUUUUCAAAAUUUAUUUUUAACUGUCAUUUUCACUAAAUGCUAUAAAUCAAAAUUCUAAUGCCACAGACCAUUUCAUAUCACCUUAGACAGAAUAUUCUAGGAAUUCUCAGAUAUGAUUCUGAAUUAAUAACAUAGACAGCUAUAUAAAAAGCUAAAUGUAAAUAGCAUUGCUUGAAAGAGAUGGCAUUCCUACUUCUAGCCUCAACUACAUACAGCAGUGUCUAAAUUGGAUCUAUUGGGAAAGGGGAUUAUAUUCCCUUACAGUCCUUGUGCCUGCCCCUGAGGGCAUAUUUUCAUACAUUAGAGUUAAGUUGUUAGAAUUAGAUCGGAAAAUAAUUUUUCUCAGUAGUCAAAUAUUUUAUGAUCCUUAAGAGAUCUCAGUUAAUGAGGAAAAAUACAGAGUAAUCAAUUUCUUCAUAGACUCAGACAGCUUGUAUAUAUCACAAACAGGGCUUUAACUUGAAGUGCAGUUACUUCAAAAAAUAAAAUAAAAAUUGGAAGGCUUGUGAGGCCAGUACUUAGAUUAUUAAAGGGCUGGGCAUCGUGCAGUUCAGAAAUGCUCUUCAAAAGUUUAGCAGUUUACAUUAGAGAAAUGUUACAUAACUACUAAGCAUUGAAAGAAAUACAUACCUACACUGGUAUGGGUGUGUGUAUGUGUGUGUGUGUGUGUGUGUGUGUGUGUUAGUCUUCAAAUAGAGGGUAAACAGAGUUUGAUUGUGUGGAGAUGAGUUUAAAAUAUAUUCUAUAUGCUCAAAUGUUGACUAUGUUGUCUAUGAAAUGUACAUGUAUAAAAAGAGGAGACCUAUCAAUCCAACAAGUCAUAAAGGAAAAUGAUUCUUUUUUUGGUUUUCAAUGACAGGGUUUCCCUGUAGUUUCUAGAGUCUGUCCUGGAACUAGCUCUUGUAGACCAGGCUGCCCUCGAACUCAGAGAUCCGCCUGCCUCUGCCUCUCGAGUGCUGGGAUUGAAGGCGUGCGCCACCACCGCCUGGCUAGGAAAAUGAUUUUUAGAAUUGUUUAUUAAAUAAGCAUAGUUUAUAUUGUGAUUUAUAAAAUCAAAUAUAUUUUGGGACUAUGGCCCCAUUCACAAAGAUAACAAAGGUAUCUAUAAAUUAAUUAGAAUAAAAUUUAAAAUCACCCAGUUGAGAAAGUCAAGGUAGUAUCACCUCCGGAAAUAAGUAUGGGAAAUCAAGGAGAUAAAUGGACCUCUUUUAUGUGCUAUAACAUCUUCACAUCGUUUAUACUUAAUGCUGAGUUUAUCCCUAAGUGCAGAAGCCAACAUGCAAGUGGUUUUCUGGUUCUAAACUGAUGUAUUUUGCCUGUUAAAAACUAUGCUGCUCAUUAGCAUUAGAGGCCUUAUGUCUGGUACGUACAAGUGUCUGAGUUAUAUGCGUCUAUGUGCUUUGUUCCGGUUUUGGGAUUCUUGAGUCAAAAUCUCUAUAAUCAUGUCAGAUAUUUAAGAAAUGUAGGGGGUCAAUGAAUUGUUAAAUACUCAGUAAUAACCCUAAAUACCUUUAUAUAUUUCAAAUGUGCUGGGCUGUUUGAGAAAUGAUUUUACUGGUCUGUCUAUCUUUUAACCUGACUCCUUCUCUGUCAUGUAUGGAAGUCUGUUAGAAAUUUUUUUAAUAAGCUAAGUAGUGUUUUAUCUUGAAAAAACAAAAAAGACUUGUCCACUCUGAGAAAUAGGGACUUACAGAGUGGAAAUGCUCUCUCUCGUGUUGGGCUUCUGAAAUUUUGCAGAUGUGUGCAUCUAUACCAUUUAUGGUGUCCUUAAACGUGUUGAAUGUAAUGUGUUGAAUGUUUAUGUGUGGUGACUAAAGUAUCUAUAUGUAUGUGCAUAAGACUGUCACAAGAUGUAUUCUCAGGAAUACUAUUACCUGGAGUUUGAAGGAACAACUUAAAGAAAAACAGUUUGGGAAGAGAAGAAAUAAGUUUGAGUUAACUGACAAUCUUUACAAUAUUCAAAAUGUGACUAAGCACUAAUUAUCACUUAUGAUCAAUAUAAUAUUAGUAAAGUAAAAUAGAUUUAUUUCUUAAUAUAUGCUGCUUAAUCAUAUUUAUUUCAUUCAGAAGAAGGAUAAAACAGGCACUUACUUUCGCCAGGUAUUAAAAAAUGACAUUCAAUGAAGAUUGGUCCUUUGGAAAGUGACUUUAUAGAGAGACGUUGGAAAAAAAAACAUAUCAUCCAUGAUAGUUGGUAGAGAUUUAUACUAUUCAGAUUAAAGCAAUUUAAAUCCUGGAUGAAGAUUCUUCUAGAACAAAUACUUUAUUUUCAUUUUCAGCAUUCACUGCUUUCUAUAACUCUAUUAAAUUACUUGAUUCUUCUGACAAUGAAAGUGAGUUACUGAGUGCCUUGGGAUAAGUCACUGAGAACUACAGUGUCAAAGGGCACAACUGGGCACAUGGCAGUGCUGGAGGCAAAAGUUGGUUUGCAUUGAGCCUCCAUGAGUAACUUAAGACAAGAUGGCAUUUCUCUUUUAACAUCUGGGUUUUUUUUAGUCAGUUGAAGAAAUUUCUCCAUUUUGCUGCCCACCUCCUAGAGUUUCUGAGGAAAUAAGAGUGUAUGUACAGAGAUCCAUAUGGAAGAAAGAGUUAUAGAAUUAUAGUCUAAAACACACAUUAAAUACCUUCCUGGGAUUACGCAGGAUACUUUACCAGAGUCCCACUGUUCCUCUGUAACCUCACACUUCCAAUUCAUGGCCUUGUGUCUCGGCAGUGAGUAAAAUGUCCCACUCCCUCAUUUACUUUUGUGGGUCUCAACUGCAGCAUUUCAGAAGCAAACUCUGAUUUGACACUCAGGAGAAUAAAAACAAGUUGAGGGCAGAAUGUAUUUGGAAAAGUUUAUGAUAAAUUUAUUUAUAUUAUUUAAGGAUCAUUUAGGAUCAUAAAUCUAUGUACCUCCAUAAUAUUUUAAUAGUCACUGUGACCAUGGGAUUAAAGUCCUUUAUUAGCCAUUUUUGUAGGUAAAAACAAAGGAUUGACUACACAGCCAACUUCCCUCAGAUAACUAUAAAGUCUGUUAGGAAUACUGAAUGACCAAAGAGCAUGGAAAAAUGCAUAUGAAUAAAUACUGAGAUGUUUAUGAAAGAUAUUUAUGAAAGAUAUUGACUUCUGUGUUUGAAUAUGCACAUAUAAUAAAAUAAAUCUAAAGGUA